UCACUGAACAGCCCACCGAUCACUAUUACCGUUACUUCACUCUGGCCAUAGAGCAGUACUACUACAACCUGACUUCCUUCUGUUUGGGUUCGAAACCUCGCCACACAAUCUUUCUGGAGUACAUGAAGGAGCUGUUCUACAUUUACCCCAAGAAGAGGAAGUGGUUCUUUCUGUUUCACUCGGAGAUGUCACACAGAGACAACAACUUCCUCUCACAGAUGGACGAGGACCUCUAUGAACAUUUAAAGGGACUGCACUCAGAGAAACAACUGGACCAAGCCAUACUUAUCUUUCUUGCUGACCACGGGGCACGCUUCAGUACAGUGAGGGCCACUGCUCAGGGCAAACAAGAAGAACGACUGCCAUAUUUCGGUAUCAGAUUUCCAGAAUGGUUUCACCAAAAGUAUCCCAAUAUCGUCGAAAACGUGAAAACUAACAGCCAGAGACUGGUCACCCCUUUCGAUGUACAUGAGACACUCCAUGAAAUUUUACAUUUUACAGGAACAGAGAAAGCCAAUAUUAGCAAGAGGGGUGUCAGCCUGUUUAAACUUAUACCAGACGAAAGAAACUGUGAUUGGGCUCAUAUAGAUCCUCACUGGUGUGCUUGCAUGGAGUGGACCAAGAUAGGUCUAGAUGACCCUAUUCUGAAAAGAGUCACCAAAAAAAUCAUCUCCACUUUCAACAAUUUUACCAAGCCUUUCAGAAAAGAAUGCGCCAUUCUGGAAAUCAUUAACGUCACGUCGGCUGUGAUGCUGAAGGUCAAGGACGCUGUGCUGAGAUUUCGAGACACAAGUGACGGCGGAAGAGGGCGCUUUGGUAAAAUGGAUGACAAGACGGAACAUUCGAAAAUACUUUAUCAGGUUGUUCUAACAACCAAACCUGGUGAUGGAGUGUUUGAAGUGACAGUAACACAUCAGUUGAAAGAGAACAAACUGGAGGUGAACAAGAAAGACAUCAGUAGAACCAACAAAUACGGGAAUGCCAGUCACUGUGUGGUCAACAAGGAACCUUUUCUUAGACCUUAUUGCUAUUGUAAAGAUGUCAUGAAAACAUAAGAACAUUUUUACAAAUCAAAUAAUUUUUUUUUUACUAAUUAAAGAACAUUGAAAGGUUUUUGGAAAAUGCUAAAUUUAUACAGACGGACAAUUAUUACAUUUGUUUGGAACGAAAAGAUUGACAAUUUCUAGAAAUAACCUAUUAAAAAAAAGUUUUUUUUUGUUUAACAUUACAAGUUUAACAUUAAAUCUAUAUUCCUUUACUAGUCUUAAAAGCAAACCAGAAUUGAAAUCCUUUGAUAAAUUUAGUGUUCUAUUCACGCUGCGCAAAAAUGAAUGUGUAAUUGAUUGGGCUUUUGUUGUU